GAUCCCUUAUUGUGUCAUGUCAUAUGUAUACAAGAUUGAAGUGAUGAAACCCUCAACAACAAGGUGUUUCUUGUUAUUAACCCUUGUUUUAUGUGAACGAAAUUGAGUCGACGACGACGAGAAUCUGAGUGGUGAGAAUGGAGGGGGAGGAAUUCGAAGGCGGAGUAGGGAAGAGAUUGAAGAAAUUCACCGAAUCAGGGGAAGUUGAUUAUAAAACAAAAGCAGGAACAGCAUGGAGUCAUUCAUAUCUAAACCAGAAACCAUGGCAUCCACUUUCUUAUCCUAACCAACGCCGUAAGUGGAUCGCUGAACAGAUACACUCUAACAAACAACGCCGCAACGAAGAAGUCGCCCGCGAAUAUGCCCAAGAGCAGGACUUCUUUCGCCAGACUGCUCUCAUCUCCAAGAAAGACAAGGACAAGAUGGAAACUAUGCAAGCUGUUAGCUUCAUGUAUGUUCGACCACCUGGUUAUAAUGCUGAAAGUGCUAAGGCGGCCGAGAUUGAAGAGGAGAAGAAGAGACAAGAACAAGUUAACACAUCUCAAGACUCACCUGCUCCUGCAAUGCAAUCAGAAUCUCUGCCUGUGGGUGAAGAUAAGAAAAAAUCUAGGCCUAAAGAUGUUUUCGGACGUCCUUUACCCACUGAAGAAGAAUUUGAAGUCCUUAAAAAUGCUCCACGGCUGGAGACAGGUGCUCCUGCAAGGGUAAAACCAUUUGGUGUUGAAGUGCGCAACGUCAAAUGUUUAAGAUGUGGAAAUUUUGGGCACCAAAGUGGUGAUCGUGAAUGUCCAUUGAAGGAUGCUAUAAUGCCUAAUGAAGAGAGUAGAUUGAAAAGAGAUGACCCCUUGACCGCUAUCUUGGCUCGUACAGAUCCUACUGAGCCUCUCAAGUGGGAGCUGAAGCGACAACCAGGAAAUUUUAGUCCUCCUCGUGGAGGGUUUAGACCUGAUGAUCCCAAUCAGCAAAUAGUUGCUGAGGACAUAUUUGAUGAGUAUGGAGGGUUUCUUGGUGGGGGUGAUGUGCCUGAGUUGUUGACCAACCUGUCAAGCAAACCUCGAAAGAAAUCCAGAAAGAAAAGUAAGCACAAAAGGCAGUCAUCACCAAGUAGUAAAGACUUAAGAGUUCCUGAUGAAGAUGGGUCAUCUUCACCUUCUGACAAUGAAGAGAAGAGGUCAAAAAAGGAGAAAAAACAUAAGAAAAAGCAGAAGCGGAGGUAUUCCAGAUCAAGUUCAUCCAAAGAUUCAGAAUGUGAUUGGCAUCCCAGAAAAGGCAGACACAAGCACUCUUAUUCAUCUGACGAUUCUGACUCUGAAAGGCUCAAUGAAGUUAGAAGGAGCAGGCAAAGGAAUCCUUAUCCAUCCGAAGAUGACUCCGAUGAACAUCAUAUGAACAAAGAAAGCAGACACAAGCAUUCUUCUCGCUCUGAAAAUCUAGAGUCUGAUAGGCGUUAUAGAUUAAAAAAGAGUGGGCAAAAGCAUCCUCUCUCAUCUGAGGAUGACACUGACCGGCUGCAUACAAGUGAAAAGAACAGAAACAAACAUUCUAAUUCAUAUCAAGACUCAGACUCUGGUAGGCAUCGGAGAAGUGAAAAAAGCAGGCAAAAGCAUUCUUACACAGCUGUAAACGACUCUGAUCGGCGACAUAGAAGUGAAAAGAGCAGACACGAGUAUUCUUAUUCACGGUCAUAUGAAGAAUCUGACUCCUAUGGACAUCGUAGAGGUAAAGUUGGCCGGCAUCAAUAAUAGUACCGUCAAUUUAUGGAGUCAAUAACUUUUAAGC